CGUAAUUACUCGGAAAGUGCCGAUAGUUUCGAUAGUUUUCCCCUGCGUUGAUCUGCUGCGGCGUGCUUAGCAAAAUUCACAAAUAUUUAAUCAGAGUUAGAGCGGUUAAAGCAUCAUCAUUUGGCGUUGUUAGGGGUUGCUUCCUUUUGAUAUCGCAACUAAAAUCGAUAAUCUUGUUGAUCCUGUAGUUUGACGCUCGCGGGAAUCGAUUACUGCUUUCUGACGUAUCUUGUAACAUUAGCUGUGAUCUACAGCGUACCGUACAGAAGGCUCACAAAAGUUCUAGAAAGAGCGUAAAAUUAUGGCCGCCAUGGAAGAAGAUAGCAGUGCUACAGCAAAGCAUCUCAUUAAUGCAAGCAAUGAUACAAACACCGAGGUGGCUACAGAAAUCCCAGGUGUCACCAGUAUAAACGAGCAUAAGCAGAGAGUUGGUUCAGAUGAUAAUGCAAAUGAUGGGAUAAUCUCCGUUGAAAUCACACCACAAGCGGAAGUACUGGAGAAUCCAAUCGGCACAAAGACUCAUGUAGAGAGCGUCGUGGACGGAGACAACGAGUCUAAAGCGAAUAAGGUUGGCGACGUCUUUGCACUCGGAGAAUCUUUUAGCCCAUCAUAUACCCGACGGAGUAGCUCGGUGGUAGCUGAAAACAGCGACCAACCAUGCCAAGGCGAAGCUAGCAAAUCUCACAGUUCACCACAUGCUCUUGGUAACCUAGAAACAGUAGUCUACACACACACUGACGAACAAACGCAGAACAAUAGCGCUGGUACUGAUAGAAAUGAGCCAACCGGUAAUGAGCAGGGAUCGCGCACCAGUCUCCGAAAUUCACGAGAAAGCCGCCCGACGUCACGCAGUCCACGCCAUGCUGACCGUCAAAGUAAUAGCCGUGAUAAUAUGUCCCAUUCACGCAGCCGAAGUAACAACCGUCGUAGUCGCUCAGGUUCCGCAUCGCGGUCCCGUUCGCGCUCUCGCUCACAGUCACGCUCCCGAUCAUGCUCUCAAUCCCGGUCCCGGUCGCAAUCACACUCCCGGUCUCAUUCACGGUCCCGCUCUCGAUCUCGAUCUCAGUAUCGUUCGCGAUCUCAUUCACGGUCUCUAUCUGGAUCGAGCUCACGUUCCCGAUCUCAUUCCCGGUCACGUUCUCGAUCGCGUUCUGUGUCACGCUCAGUAUCUAGAUCCUACUCAAAAUCUCGCAGUCGUAGUCAGAGUGUGGUACGUAGUCGUAACAGUUCACAUUCACACAGCGGACGCUCCAAGAGUCCCUCGAUGGCAUCGGGGAUGCAUGACAGCGGGAAGCACGCCAAAAAACUUAAGCGAUUCGUGGAAUCAGACGAUGAUGAGGAGGGCGGUGAACAAGCUCACGAACAAAAUUCAACAAAACAUGACGCUGACGUGGAUGAUGAAGAGGACAAGGACGGAUCGCAGAAAAAGGUAGCCGAGAAAGAGGGUGGCAACAUUCUCGAUUCGGACGACGAAAUUCCCAAGGAUGAUGAUGGUACCAACGACCGGGGGACAUUUAUGUCCGAUUUCGACAUAAUGAUGGCUCGCAAGAAAGAGGAAAAGUCGCGCCGCCGAAAACGAAACGAUAUCGAGCUGAUCAACGACAACGAUGAUCUGAUUGCUCAACUUUUGCAGCAGAUGCGAGAGGCUGCCGACGACGAUCGGCAACUGAACAAGGAGUCUAAGCCAGCUACAAAGAAAAUUGCAAUUCUAAAGCAUGUGAUGUCACAGCUCAUCAAAAAAGAUCUGCAGCUAGCGUUUCUGGAGCAUAACGUACUGAACGUGCUGACCGAUUGGUUGGCUCCGCUGCCCAAUAAGGCUCUACCGUGUCUGCAAAUACGAGAAAACAUUCUGAAGCUUUUGGCCGAUUUUCCUGCGAUUGACAAGGCUUACUUAAAGCAGUCGGGGAUUGGUAAAGCAGUAAUGUACCUCUACAAGCAUCCGAACGAAACUAAACAGAAUCGCGAGCGUGCAGGACGUCUCAUCAACGAGUGGGCCCGACCUAUCUUCAAUCUGAGCACCGACUUUAAGGCGAUGACACGAGAGGAGCGCCAACAGCGUGAUCUACAGCAGAUGCCCCGCAAACGUCGCCACUCGCCGGAGCCAUCGACAUCGGCCAGUAAUAAUCAGAAAAAGGGGCUACCAUUCACAGAGGCAGACAAAGGGACACUGCGCCCCGGCGAUAAGGGUUGGGUACAGCGAGCACGUGUUCCAAUGCCUUCCGAUAAGGAAUAUAUUGUACGCCCCAAGUCAGUUGUUGAUACCGACAUGACUGUUGUCGCUAAAAAAAAGCUGAACCGUUAUGAGAAGCACUUGAAGAAGUUCAUCGAUAAAAAACGAAUGCAGUCUAGCCGCCGAGCAGUGGAAAUCUCCAUCGAGGGUCGUAAGAUGGCGCUGUAAGAAAGCAAGUUAUAGGCGGAUGCGGUUGUAUGUCAUAGUACAUCAACAAUUAAUUUCCGGACAAAACGGUAGAUCUAUCAAUCCUUUAUUUUUUAUUUGGGCCAAAACUUACCCAUAAUCUAUUAACGAGAGGUGGAGGACGAAUUCUACAUUAGAGUUUUGGUUAUAAUUUCAGAAAUGUUUUCCACCAUCCUCAACCCUUCCUUACCACUUGAUUUACGAUUUGAAAUUUUAGCCUUGUGAAAAGAAGAAGUGUUGCAAAUCUACCGCGAGAAAAUUUACCGGUUUCCCAUUUUCUGGUCCAGUAUGUUCGACCUAUUAAUCUAAAUACAUUUUUUCCAUCUAUAUAUAUAACGAAACCGAUGUGAUUUGGAAAGAAAUAUGGUUAAUAUGUCAUAUCUACGGUAAAAAAAGUCGUGCUUGGUUUUCUACUGAUUCUGUUCAAAAUUUCUUUGAAAUGACAAAUGGUUAAAACUACUUCUGACCUGUUGCAAUUUCGUUUAUUAAGACGGGGGCUAAAGUUAAGUCCGGUAAAAGAAACAACACAUUUUUGAUGUUUUUUUAAACUAUCUUUUAUUUGUUGUAAAUGCCAUUAUAAAUUACAACUUUGGAAGAACAUUUUGUUGUAAUUUGGGAAAAAAUGGUUAAAAACUAUGUCUAUGGUAUCAAAUUUGUCAGGGUUUAUCAGUAAAAAAAUUAAAAUAGCUUGUCCAUCCUCUCAUACAAUGUUUCAUAGGAUUCAAGUGCUAGUGUGUGUUACAAAUGACGACAAAUUUAUGCUAGUGUGUUUUUGGCGUUACAUUUUGUGAUACCUACGGAAAUGAUACACGGUCUGUCGCAAAGUAAACAAGACUUUUUCAAUAGAGACAUUUCUGGAGGCAGCACAUUG